GGCGCCGGGCGGACAUGGCGGCUGCUGAGAGGCCCGAGGCGGAGGUGGAGGAGGCCGGGCACGUCUUCCUCCUGAUGAAGAAGGACUACCGCAUCUCCCGCAACGUGCGGCUCGCCUGGGUCCUCAGCCGGCUCCACCAGGUCAUCUGGGCCGUGCCCGAGCCCGAGCUGUUGAAGUCAGAAAACGAGCUGGAUGUGCUCAGCAUCCUGCCCAAUGGAUGGCAGCCGGAUGAGCCCGUCCAGCCCCGGCCCUACCUCCUGGUGCCCUCCACGCGUGUCACCUUCCUGGCCCGCCAGUACCGCUUUGUAAUCGAGCUUGAUCUGAGCCCUUCCACUGGCAUUGUGGAUGACUCAACAGGGGAGAUCAUUUUUGAUGAAGUGUUUCAUGCUCUUUCCCGAUGCUUAGUGGGAUUGUUAAGACCUUUCCGAAUCCCUGGUUCAGACAUUAUUUAUCAGCCUGAGAUCUUUGUCACCAUCCAGGCGUACUCCUCCAUCAUUGGUCUGCAAUCCCACCAGGUGCUAUUCCAGGGCUGCCAGCUGGAUGAGACAAAGAGAGAAGCCUUUCUGCACCAAGUUUACACACAGCUGUGUGCCUUUGAAAACAAAGUGGCAGAGAUGCUCCAGCAACAGUAUGAACCCAAACCACAGGUGGAUUUAUCACCCCUGAGCCAAGAGAGCCCUGGUGAUGUGCAGGAGCCUUCUGGGAGGAAGCCCAGCGUGUCUGUUGUCACUGCUGAUGUUGGCCUUGUCAGCAUGGUUCGACAGGGGAUCUUGGCACUGCAGCUACUACCCUCAAACUCCAGUGCAGGUAUAAUAAUAAUUACGGAUGGUGUGACUAGUGUUCCUGAUGUAGCCGUGUGUGAGACUUUACUCAACCAACUCCGCAGUGGCACUGUGGCCUGCUCCUUUGUCCAGGUGGGCGGUGUCUACUCAUACGAUUGCAGCUUUGGCCACGUUCCCAAUGUGGAACUGAUGAAAUUCAUUGCCAUGGCCACUUUUGGUGCUUACCUCUCCACAUGCCCUGAACUGGAUCCCCUGAGCCUGGAUCUGAAUGUAUAUCACAAGGCUUUUCUGCUGUACUCCUUUCUGCGUACUGGGGAGUCCCUGAAUCCAGAAUACUACUGUGUAUCACAGCACAGACUGUUCAAUGAGCACCUGGUGUCUGCGAGCAGCAACCCUGCUCUGGCGAUGCGGAGGAAGAAGCACACUGAGAAGGAGGUGCAUGCUGACCUCGUGAGCGUUGUCUCAGUCCGCCUGCGUGAGGGCUACAGCAUCCGUGAGGUCAACAUCACAAAAGGUGGAUCUCAGCUGGAGGUGAAACUGGUGCUGCUUUGGAAGCAUAACAUGAGGAUAGAGUAUUUAGCUGUGACACCUUGGCCUCUGGACCCAUCAAAGCGCAGCACGUGGGUGGAGGUGACGAUGGAGGGGAGCUAUGACAUCUUGCAUGACAUCAGUUGCACCAUGAGGAAACCCAUCACCAGUCUGUACCGCACAACAGUUAUCCGGCGCUUCUGGAACACCUUGCAAAGCAUCAACCAGACAGAUCAGAUGUUGGUUCAUCUGCAGUCUUUUGACACAGUACCGGAGCACUUCACCAUUCCUGAGAGCACCAAGAAUGGAGUGCCCCUCUUCUAUAUCCCGCCAGGCUCAACCACUCCGGUGCUAUCCCUGCAGCACAGUGGAUCUGACUCGAGCCAUUCCCAGUUUGCCUCCUACUGGAAGCCUAUCCUUUCCAUGGAUGCCAACUUCUGGCAGAGGUGGCUGCACAUGCAUCGUAUUGUUCUCCUUCUGGAGCAUGACACGCCUGUGCCCAAGCACCUGCACACACCAGGCAACAACGGUCGCUACAGCACCAUCCAGUGCCGCAUCUCUCAUUCUGCUCUCACCUCCCUGCUGCGGGACUGGAGCAGCUUUGUGCUGGUGGAGGGCUACUCUUACGUCAAGCUGAUGCAUAGCUCUGAGGAUCCUACUCCCUCCUCAUUUUAUGUGGUGCGGAUCAUCUCCAAAGCUCCCUGCAUGGUUCUUCGCCUGGGCUUCCCCAUUGGCACACCUGCACAGGCCAGGAACAAGAUUGUGGAGGAGUUACGGGACCGAAUCCUGCAGUUGCGCUUUCCUCACAGGGUCCAGAGCAAGGAGGCAACUCCAAAAGCAAAGAGGAAAAUGUUGGGCAGUAGUUCUCCCUCCAAAUCUCCACCUGUGGCUGGGGUCCAGUCAGCCUUCUCAGACAGACCCUGCCUUGUCGUGCUGCACAAACCAUUGGAGAAACUGCUCAUCAGGUAUGAGAAGCUGCCUUCUGACUAUCGAGCUCCCUUCAUUCUCAACCUGGAACAUCCUCCAGUGUCUGGCCCGCUCACCAUGGUGGCCAAUCGUACUGCCUCAUCCACCCUGGCCUCACUGUCCCGCUACUUUUAUCACCAACGUUGGAUAUGGAGCGUCCAGUCAGGGCUGGCACCAGCUGUGCCCAUCACAGCAGUAGCCCAGCUCCUUUCCACACUCACAGAGGUUCGUCUGUCAGAGGGUUUCCACUUUGCAUCCAGUGGGGAUGGAAUUAUCAAUAUGGUCCUGGAGUUGCCCAUACAGAUUGAUGGCUCAAGUGGCAGCAGCAGCAGGGAGAAGCACACCUGUGUUGUCCAGUACAUCCUCUUCCCCCCACACUCUACCUCCACCAAGGACAGCUUCUCCACAGAUGAUGACAAUGAUACAGAGGUGGAGGCCAUUGAAGUGGACACAGAACUGAAUCUGGUCACUGAGUGCUGGGUAGAGCCACAGAGUGGCCAUGUUCACAGUACUGCUGAGAACUGGAAGCACCUCCAUGGCUUGCCCUACCAGAAAAUACCUAAAGCGCUCUACCCACGGGACCUUACAUGCAUUGCCACCAUGCUGACGUUUGAAUACAUCAGCCAACUGUGCCAGAACAAGGAGUGGGUCUGUCCUCCUUCAGACACCAAAGCUACUGAAGAUCCAGACAUGGGGGCUGGUUUCAGAGUGCAUGAGAUCCCAUUCCAGUUCAACCUCAUGAAGCUGUUGCCCAGGUGUCAGCAGGUUGAAAUGUUCUUCCUAAUGCUAACAAAAGAGAAUGAGGAAGUGACCAAGGACUCUUCGUUUGUGCCCAAUGAAAUGCUACUAAACCUCUUCCAUGGCUGCCUGCAGCAUGACCUCAGUGAUCGGGAGAUCCCCAUGGCUGAUGCUGAUCAUGUGGCCUUCAUGGAGCAGGUUCUCCAACGGGAUCGUGAUGGUCAUCAACCACCCUUCACUCUCCCUGUGAUCCGAGAAGAAACCUCAAAAACUUCUGGGACCCUGGAGCAGCAGGACACUUCUGCAUCCUAUCAUCAUGCUGGCAGUAAUGGCACCAGGGAUAUGACUGGCUCCACAAGUACUCUGCAGAGCCUCGGCAACACAGAGCUUCCUGAGGAUGAUGUGACCUUGAGUGACACUACAGGGCCUUUUUCCCCACAGUGGCGAUGCUAUGCAAAGCUGGUCAAUCCACAGCAUGUAUUCCUGACCUUCCUGCCAGCCACGUUCUCAGAUGUACAGAAGCUGAUGUCUUGCGGAUUGGACAAACCUCCAAAAGAUGAGAGUGAAGCUGGAGAGAGUACUCUGAGACCUGUCUGUGCAGAGCAGGACAGGACUGAGGCUGAAGAAGGGGAUGCUGCAGUGCCAUUACCUACCCUCAGCAUAACACCAGUGCAUGAAGUGAGCCGUGACCCUGCAGAACAGAGUGGUCCCUCGCGGAGAGAUGUGCAUAUCUCCUUCUGCCGCCAGAACUCUCAGUCUGAGCCAGGCGAGUGUCGCCGAUUUCGCUGCCCCAUGUAUAUUUACAGCUGCUCUUUGGAGCUGCUACGAGAGCAGCUUGUCAGCCCACGGACACAUCGUCCUCCCCGGGAUGUCUUUUUCAGGUCCCAGUCUCUGGAACGUCCUCCUGCUGCUGCUUGGUUAGAUCAUAAGCAUAAAGAGUUGGUGAGUUACUGCACACUGCUGCAGGAGCAUUCCCACCAGUGCUAUGUGAAAGGGCUGUUCAAGAGCCUUCAGCAGUCACACAGCAUCAGCUCUCAAGACCUUCUUACAGCCAUGGACUACUGUGAGGAGCUGCUGCAAGAGAUAGAUAUCACCAACUUCCUGCUGACAGUGUGCAGCCAUGUCCGCUCCUUCCGAGAGAGCCACCAACAUUUCCAUACACACCCUAAGGCUGCCAGCUUCCAAGUAGGCAGCAUAGAGCAAGAAGAGGAGCAGAGCUCUAGAGAACGUGGUGUCUUGGUCUCUGAAUCAAGUGCGGAAAUGGAAGACUACAGUGAGCAGGACUCUCACAAUGUUGCUAGCCCCACAGAGGAGCCAAAAAGCAGUGUGGGCACUGGUUGCUGUUCAGAGUUUCCCCUUUCACUGCUGGAAAAUGGACAGCCCUGUCAGGCACACCCUGACCUGCAUAAAAUCAUCCAGGAAAAGUUCCUGGAAAUUGGAAGUUUACAUUUCAAGCCAGUGCCAUCAAAUCCUCACUAUUUCUUCUACUGCCCACCAUCAGCCAAGAAAGAGGAAGAGGCAUCUCGGGAUCAGGCAGACAGGAAAGGCAGUGAGGACAUGGAGGUAUCGGAAGCAGAACUGGCAGCUGAAGAAGGAACUGUGUCUGGGUGCUGCAUUGCCACGGAGAGUGACCCAGAGCUGGAGGUGGAAUACCGUGAGAAGCUGGAGCAUGAGUUCCCAGACACAGAUUCGCUCUCGGAUUCCAACACAGUGAACCAGGAUGAUGACUCCUUCAGCGUGCUGGGAGGGGACUCGCUAAAUGAGCAAGAGUUCAUGGAGCAGGAGAUGCCCCCACUCUUUGUGCACCUCACUUGUUCUGUGAAGCUGCGUAGCCAGCAUAGCUCCAUGCCUGUACAGUCCCUUCCAACUUGCCUAGGGGAAGUUCUUGGCUGCCUGGAAAGCUGCCAGGGCUUGACCACCAUUGACCUGGGGGACCUCUGUGUGACUCUGGAUAUCUUUGUGCUUACCCUGCCCCUCGAGAUAGAGGUUGUGAACACAGACAUUCUCCACAACAGAUGCACCUCAGAGAGCAGCGUGUCCUUCACCCGCUCUCCGGGGCAGCCAUCCUCUUUCCGGUCAGAUGAGGAUAUCAUGCACAACUUGGAUCGGCUUCCAUCCACAGGAGAUGAGAGGCACCCUGCGCUUUCCAACCUCCCUGGAGUGCACAGGCAGGCUAUUGAAGCUACUAUGAAUGAGAUUCGCUGGCUUCUGGAUGAUGAGAUCGUGUCUGCGCUGCGCCACUCACAGGUCAUCAGCACCUCCAUCCUUCACCGGGUGGCCACUCACAUCUACAACUCCAAAGGGCGGCCCAGCUGCCACAGCGAGGUGGUGCUGCUCCAGUUUGUGUUUGGACCCGAGCACUCUCUGGAGAAGUUCAAGGAGGAGUUCAGAAGAAUGGCCCUGCCAGGCUACGUGAUCAAUGCAGAAGGCAGUGACUACCACUACAUCUCCAUCAGCCGCCUGCACUCCAGGAGGGCAGCCCCAAACCCUUCGGGAACACCAUGCUUACAGCAGCAAGCUGGAGGAAGCACAGGGACAGCCCUGGGCCAGGCAGGCCAGGAGGGGAGCAGUGAAGCAGAAGCAGAGAGCUCUGAGCUGCACCAUGUGAGCUGUGUCCUCCCAGAAGAAACUCAGGGUCUCUGGGGAUGGCCAGAGAGUGAGAUGCGCAUUGUGCCGGACACAGGAAAUCCCAUAGGAGGGGGCAAUCAUGCUCAGGAUGAGGUCACAAGAGAAGUGCUGAGCCUAGAGCAAAGCAAAGUACCUGGCCACGACUCCCUGGAGGAGGCAGUCCUGGAGACAACCAUACAAUCCCUGCCAUCUUCCUCUUCUGAAAAGGGCAACAGCGAGAAAUCACCAUUAGUGACACCAUCUGCAGCCAGCCUAGCUGACUCUGUAACACAGAGUAGGGAAGGCUCCAGCAAGCAGCGCCCCAGCCGUGUGCAGAGCCUUGUGUCCAGCCAGGGCAGCAUGGACUCUGACCACCUGGGUUAUGAUGGGGGGAGCAGUGAUUCAGAGUAUGAUGAGGCAUUAACGAGUGACCAGGAGCCUAAGUGUCCCCUCAUGCCUGAUUUCUGGCUCAUCAUAAAAAUUGAGCAGGACCGAGUGGAAGUCUAUUACCACACACGCAGCCUGAGUGUGGAGAAGGCAGUAUCAGCAGAGAUAGAAGAGCAGCCAGGGGAGUGCCAGAGUCUCAACCAGAUGGUGAUAAAGAAGAUCAGUGAAAUCUGCAGGGUUGUCAAUCAGCGCUUACUGCUGCAAGACCUGCAUGACAGCCACAUAUGCAACUCAUUGCUGGUGGCAGAGAGUGAGGAGGACAUCUGGAAGAGUGAAACUCCCUAUACAUACUAUAGGCAGCGUGUCAUGCCAACAGACGAUUACUCGGUGGAAGAGAACUACCAGCCCCGGGAUUACCUGGCUGCCACAAUGCAGUUCAUGCCAGGGCACUUUGCUUGUGAUGUAGUGUGGAGCACACUCAUCCACGUGCAUUCACGCCUGAAGAUGGGCCCCAACAUGGGGGUCUCACGAGCUAUCCAGGCGCUUCGCUCGGUGCUCAACGCCUUCUCUGUAGUGAACAGGAAGAAUAUGUUUGUCUACCAGGAACGUGCCACUAAAUCUGUUUUCUACCUCCGACUGGCUGAAACCACCAACAGUGGGAAGGUGUGGGAAGCAGAGAGCAGCGUUAGCCCAGGAUCUCGCUCGUUGGCACUGACGCGCAGCCAGGAACCCAUUUACACUGAGGAUCUAACGGGCUCUCGUUCCUCUCUGGACACAGCCUCAUGCCGCAGCAUGGACUCUGCCCGCCUGGUGGGACAAGUAGACAGGCACAUCCAGCUGAUGGUCCAUGGUGUUGCCCCAGCAGGGCCCGAGAUCACAGAUGAGCUGGUGAAAGUGCUGCGCAGGCGCCUGGAUGAGGCCACCCUGGAUAUCAUCACUGUGAUGCUGGUCCGGAACUGCAAACUGACCCCAGCCGAUGUGGAGUUUAUCCAGCCCCCUGGGACACCACCCACAGAGGUCCUGCAGUUUACACUGCCACCCUCUGCUCUGCCUUGGUUGCAUGCAGUGGCCUACUAUCUGCGCCAGAACCUGCUCAUCUUCCUGCAUACCCCAAAGUACACAGACAGCAACGUGGAGCACCACUUCAAGCACUACUUAAGCCACAGUGGUGGUGUCCCUGACCAAGAUCUUUACCUGUACAACAAACCUGGAGGCCAAGGCACUGGUGGCAAAGGAAUUGCGUGCAUUGCACUGACGUUUGUGGAUGAGAAUGGCAGCCCCACCACGCUGCCCCACGGGGAGAGACCUGACUGUCCUAAGGUGCCCAUCAUGGACCUGCUACGGGAUGCCGACUUUGAAAGCCUCACUGCGGUUAGCAAGCACCAGCCAGAGCCUGGCACCCAGCACUCAGAGCCCUGCGUGCUGGUGCGCCUGGACAUCUGGGAGAAAGGCAACAUUAGUCUGCUGCAGCUGUCAGAGAAGCUGCGUGGGGCUCUGCGCCAUGCUCUGUGCGAUGCCAUCAUGGAGUUCCUCGUGCUGCCAGCCCCGCUCUGCGUGGAGGCUUCCUGCCCACUGAGUGCUCCAGACCUGGAGGAGCUGAGCUCUGCAGCAGGCCUAAGGAGAACCAUGUCAGAGACCAAGGGUCUGGCCAUGGGCACUGGUGGGGCUGGCAAAAGCUGUCCUCCACCCCUGCACUUCACCUCUGCCCCUUCGGCCAGCCCCGGGGAGCCGGUGACACCCACGAGCAAGCUGGGACGCCGCAGUUUCUGGGACAUGCUGAGCAAGCCUGAGUCCUCGGAGCUGGGCAGCCCCAAGACUACUGAUGACAUUGUGCUGGAGAGGCCAGAAGAGGCUCGCACAAGGCGGCGGCAUAAGACUGAGAAUGUCAAGCAGCACCUGAGCCAGGACAGGGCCACAGCCACAGCUGAACUGGAGCAGGCACAGCGGCGCCGAACCUGCCAGUUGGAAGAAGGAGAUGUAGGCACCAUGCACUCGCUCUUCAAUCAAACGUGCCAGCAGUGGAUGGCAUUUAUGAACCACCUGGGGUGCCCAUCAGUGCAACAGUGCUCAGCAGAGAUUGUGUCCCGUUUCCUCCUGUCCUCCAUUCUGGUGGAAGUGGUGAGCCUGGUCACUUCCCUAGCGAGUGACACCACUGUCAAGGUGUUUGAGAAGAUCUGCUGCCAUCGGAGCACUGCCUUCCUGCCCUAUAAACCUGGUCAGAGUGCCAGCCCUCGCCCUGCAGCUGUCAGACACUUCAUCCUGCUGGGACGCAACUUCCACCAGUGGCGCUGCAGCACGGAGCAGGCUCACAAAGGGCUCCAGCGCUUCGAGGCCAUGGAAUUCAGCUCGGCAGAGAGAGGCUCUGACCCAAGCAUUGUUGGGCGAGACCUGGCACCGCGACAGAGGUUCCUCUUCAUGGAGAUUGUUGACAAAAAGCUGACUCUUUACACCUACAAUUGGUCCCCAGACCUGGGGGCCAAUUUGAACUGCUCACUCGUUCGUCUGCUGCAGUGGCAGAAUGCCCGCUCCCACAUUGUGCACUGCUUGAUCAGCCAGAAGAUGGGACUAUUCCACCACCACUGCUUUAUGGACCCACCGUGGCAUGAGGACAGCAAGCAGGAGCCAAAUCCUUUCCUGAACUCCACUUUGGAGGUGGAUGCGCUGAUCCGGAGCUCGUGUCCCCCACCUAGCAAGGAGCAAGGCCGGCUGAGCAGCUCUGCACGCAGCCUGCCAUCUCUGCAUUUCCAUCCUGAUGUGGUGCCCUUUGACGAAGCUCUGCGGGAUGUGACCACUAUCAAACGCAUACCCCAUGGUCCAGAGUUGGGACCUUUUGACCCUGUGGCUCGACAUGGGGCCCAAUUCCUGGAAAUCAAAAGCAUGGAGAGGAAAGAAUUGGAGAAGCAGAUGAAGAUAGAGAAUCUCUUUGUGACCUGGCAGCAGAGAUCAGCACAGUCAAAUAUGCCUAUCAGUCUGUCAGACCUGGAGACCCUGAAGCAGUCCUCACGCCUCGUUCACUACUGUGCUACCCCACUGCUCUUUGACCCAGCCUUCCGGCAGCAGAUCCAGACUGACCAGCAGGGCAAGGUAGAGGGGAAGAAGCGCCACCGCUCAAAUGAUUCUGCAGCGUCAGGGAGAGACCGCAGCCACAGCUGUGACUCGACGGAAUCACUGCCCUGCAAGCUGAAGGAGGAGCCUUGGCUGCAAGAGAUGUGCAAUGCCUUCUUGCAGCAGUACAUCCAGUACCUGCAGAGCAUGGGCUUCAUUCUGGUCCAGGUGCGGCCGCCCUCACCUACCACUCGCAGUAGCACAAGUCGGAUCCGAGCUCUGGCAGCAAUGAGUGUGGAGGGGAGAGGAUCCUUUUCCUAUACAAAGCCAAAAGCAGAGGGGAGUCCAAAGAGCACAAGCCCUGCUGUUGCCAUCUAUCAUCUGCAGAGAGCUCUUCCAGGUGGGAUUGUGCUGAUGGAGUUGGCCUUUCAGGGCUAUUACUUCUGUGUGAAGCAGUAUGCAUUGGAGUGCUCACGGAUCCCCAUGGGCCAGUCUGUGAACUCUCAGCUCUCCAUGCUCUUUACAGAGGAGUGUGACAAGGUGCGGGACCUCAUGCAUGUGCAUUCAUUCAGCUAUGACUUCCACUUGCGGAUAGUCCACCAAUAUCUGCUGGGCUCCCACAUGACGCUCCGUCAGGGGUACCAUCUCACCAGCUUCCUGGAGGACUUCAUUGCCCAUCACACUGACAUCCCCAAAUUUGGUCGCAACCAUGUUUUCCAAGGCAUGCUGGCCCUGCCCACCAACAUGAUCACUGCACACCAGCUGUACAAUUACAUUGCUGACCAUGCCAACACCUACCACAUGAAGCCGCUGCGCAUGGCCCGGCCAGCUACUGGCACUGACAACAAGAAGGGGACUCCAGGCACAGAGCAGAAUGAAUAUGCACUGGUCUCUAUUUGGAACAGCUCAGGCUCCUACAAAGACUCAGAAGGUCUGCGUCACCAUGAUGAUUUUGAUGUGUCCCUUCUGGUGUGUCACAGCGCAGCACCAUUUGAGGAGCAGAGCGAAGCAGAGAGGCGCAUGCUCCGGUUGCGUUUCUACGUGAUCAUGACCAGCCAGAGGGAGCUAUUCCCCCGGCUCACAGCUGAUAUGCGGCGCUUCAAGAAGCUGCCACACUUGCAGCGAGAAGUGCUGGAGCCUGUGGUGGGCCCGGCAGCGUGGGAAGCAGCAGAGCCAGAGCCGAGCCUGGGGCGGCCACAGCCGGUGGAGCGGGAGCUGUGGCAGGACAUGGAGGACAGCAGCGAGUUCUAUGCUGGGGGCAAACAAGUCCAAGUGGGGCCCGGACUCUUCUACACCUCACCGCUCUUCCCCUUGUUGGCCUCCGAAGUGGCCUCGGCCCAGAAGCAGCUCAGCAGCAUGGUGCAGCUGGCCAAGUGCCACUGCCGCAGGGACAACCUCUGGAAGCGCCUCUUCCUUCUGGAGCCUCUGGCUUCUGACAAGUUGAAGUUGGGCAAGUUGUCGCUGGUGGAGCUGGAGGAGCUGCUUGAUGCUGUGCAUGGGAAAUCCAUUGCGGAUGUGGACCCACAGCUGGGAUGCUUCCUCACCAUGACAGUCUCCUGGUACCAGAGCCUUAUCAAAGUGCUGUUGAGCCGCUUUCCCCAGAGCUGUCGGCACUUCCACAAUGCUGAAACUGGCACCCAGUACUUGGUUGUGCUCAACCAGAAGUUCACAGAUUGCUUCGUUCUUGUGUUUCUGGAUUCUCAUUCAGGAAAAACGAGUCUCACCGUGGUUUUCCGAGAGCCAUUCCCUGUGCAGCCCCAGAACAGUGAGAGCCCUCUGCCGCAGCUCGUGUCCACGUAUCACCACCUGGAGUCAGUUAUCAACACUGCCUGCUUCAACCUCUGGACAGGACUGCUCUAGCAUUGCCACCACCUCCUCCUGCAGGAAUACACACUGCACCUGUGCACACUUGUGCUGUGGGCGAUGACGGAGAGGAACAGGCUGCUGUGGGACCUGUUCACAGCACUGCUGGCAGCAUGCACGCCACCAAUGUGAUGAGCCUGGGGUUGGGUGAGGGCAGCCCUGCUGCUCCCCUUGGGCUCCAGCCCACCUGCACCCCCCCUGGUCAUUGGCUGGCUGCUGUGACCCUGGGGACAGGUUUUAGUGGGUUUGAAUGGUCUGUAAAGGCCAUGGACAGAGGGUUGGCUGUUGUAGCCUGGCUCAAACAGAGCAGCUCUUGGGGAUGUUGACUUCAGCACCUGCAGUGAGUUCUGUCUGAUAAGGAAAUGGAGGUGCAGGGCGGUGGCACGGUGCCUUCAAGAGGAAACUUCUGCACCUUUAGGCAGGGGGUGCCUGCUUCCAGCCCUUUGCUCUCAAUAGAAGAGCACUGAAUGGGAUAGGAAGGGUGAAUGGACAUGGGGAAGGUUUUGUGGAGGUGUACAUUAAUGAUGAUACAUUAAAGCCAUGGAUAUAUUUGUGAAAUAAAAUCGAAUCAGCUCCCCA